UCAAUUAUCUUGAAGAGUCGCACAUAACAUCGAGCGAGGAAUGCUAUUAAAUGUCUUUCUAGAGUAAGAACUCUUCAAAUGAUAAUUCCCAAAUGUCUGAUAAUCAAGAGCAAAAACCAGAAGUGGGGCAAGAUGAUAAAACGAAAACCGAAGCUUCAUCUGGCAGAUCUGUGAAAUCUGAAAAACCGGAAUCGACUUCCAACCGCGCAGAAAACCCACUUGCUGGAGUGACUGCGCUUCUAGAACGAUAUGGCUACCAAUUGGGAGAUAUUCUUGGAAAAGGAUCUUAUGCGGUGGUAAGGAAGGCCUAUUCAAGAAGGCACAAAAAAUACGUCGCUGUUAAAAUCAUAUGCAAGAAGAAAGCGCCCGAAGAUUUUUUAUCCAAAUUUCUGCCUCGAGAGAUCAAGGUUCUUAAGAGACUCCGCCAUCCUCACGUUCUUUCACUGAUAGAGGUCAUAGAGACGAACACAAGGAUGUACAUUAUAACAGAUCUGGCGGAAAGUGGUGAUCUCUUAGAGUUCAUUCGAAAAAACGGUGCGAUGUCAGAGGCAAAGGCAAAACAAUUGUUCAAACAACUGGUCCUGGGGAUAACCUAUAUUCAUAGUCAAGAUGUGGUGCAUAGAGAUCUUAAAUGUGAAAAUCUGUUGCUGGAUAAAGAAAAGAACCUUGUUGUAUCAGAUUUUGGAUUUGCGCGCGAUAAUUUGACCUCGGCUGCGGGAAAGAAAAAGCUCUGUCAUACCUAUUGUGGUUCUUACGCCUAUGCGCCACCAGAAAUACUUAAAGGUAUAGCUUAUGACGCCACUUUAGCAGAUGUAUGGAGCAUGGGCGUGAUUCUGUACACCAUGGUUUGUGGUCGACUGCCGUUCGAUGAUUCCAACCUUCGGAGUCUGCUGCAACAAGUUCACCACAAAGUCAACUUUCCUUCAAAGGUUAAACUUGCUGAGCCAGUCAAAGCCAUCAUCCACAAAAUGCUGCAGUGGAAUUUAACCGAGCGAGCAACAGUGGAACAACUUAAAACUGACCCAUGGCUGACCGAAGAGAUGAUGGGAGGCGAGCUCGAGAUAGCCUCGUCAAAAAAUUGAGGCAAUUAACGUACCAAGAUCAGAAAGGCAUAGUUGCGUCCCUUUGUCUCUAGACUAUGACCAUGAAAAACCUAAUUUAGCGUCAGUGGCGUUUAGUAAAUGGAGUGACUAUUCUUUGAGGUUAAGCACCCCAGAAACAAAACAAGCAGUAAUCAAUGGAUAUCAUUGGAGAUUAUUUAUUGAUCUUCUAUCCCAGAUGAGCUUUUAAUUUACCCAUUUCUGGUUCAUUGUUUGAAAAAGCGUCCGACUUAAAGGUAGCAGUCUCCAUGCAGUUCAGACGGUCAAAAUUUGAAUCAAGGACAAAGUUUGAUGUAUAAUUCACAACAACCGGGUGAACUAGGAAUUCAAAAGGCUCUGAACGAGCAUCGGAUGAAGAACUAAUGUCAUGUAACGAACUUCAUUAUAUCGGCAAUAAACAAUCAUCUCAGGAAUGA